UCUACCACGCUGGUCGUGCGACUGACGCACUGCAACUGUUUUUCAGCCGACCCGCGAAGUGCGAUAAAACUCGCACCGCCGGACGGCCAUAUCCAAACACUGGAGGUGUUUGAGGAAACACACUGACGCUCAGGCAGGCAUACUCUUGACCGAAGUCUCGAGUGCAAUAUGCGUUCAAAGAUUCGAUGGUUCACGGAUAGUGCAAAUCACACUACGUAUCGCAUUUCGCUGCGUUCUUCAUCGUUGCGAGAGCCAAGACAUCCAUUGUUGAGAGUUGUUACGGUUAUACAACGGCAGUGUGUACACACGAGCGCGCUGCAAGACUGCUUCUACUCUGGUUUAUAG